AUGUUCGAUAUCGUCCCUCUCGCCUCAGCACUUAUCAAUGCAGCCAGCAGUCCAACACUUCUGUGCGUACUUGGGAGCCACUUGUUGAUCAAUCUAAAGGAGGCGGGCGAGAGAGGGGUGAACGAGGGAACCGAUUACAGGUCGAGGACUGUCAGUAACUUUGAAUUCGACAGAGGUGCACCAGCGACUGCAGGCUCAAACGAAGAAGAAUCGAUCAGUGCUUAA